CCGCGCCUCUUCUCGCUCGCUUUGCUUCUUCGCUACGUGCACGUUUUUCGCGUCGCAUCGCGACAACUGCGUGUGCCGCGUUGACCCAGUUACACCAGCACCACGUUCGCCGGUGCGCCGUUCAAGACGGCGACUAGUGUCGUUCAAUCUCGCGAGGAAUUAAAGCGGAACUUAGGCGAAAGCACGAGUUUCUUCUCGGUCCGUCAGAAGGCAAUGUGCCGAUCGUCUUGCCUUCCGUUUUCCUAGAAUCGAAUCCCACGGAGAGAUUUGACAACGAGGGAAAAGGGAGAGCCAAAAGUGGCAUCGGUGAAAGGACGCGUCAAAGAAUCCUUCAGGCGCUUCUCGUGCACAUGGUCUGUGUUUUGCUUCUCCACCCUCUUCGCCUCCCCUACGUGGCUCCCUCUCGACCAUCGCUAUUCACACGAGCGAGUAUCGUGUGAGGAGGACACGCGAAUAUCACCUGGUCUCGAAUAUCGCCGUUCCCUACCGACGAGUGUCUGUACCCUUUGCGUGUGCACCCUUUGCGCCCUUUGUGCAACCACCUCGUUUGACCCGCGGGGUACGCACGAUGAUCGCGCUUCAAUGAGACGGGACCGGCGCCGGGCUUCUCGUAGUCAGGCUGCAAUAAUCGAGGACGGUUCCCUUGGUAUCGCCGCGACAAUCGUUGUCGUUAGCAGCGUCACGACGCGCUGACGUCGACACCUCGCUCUCGUCAACCGGCCCGUGCACUCCGCUCGUUGCGGUUGCGACGACUGACGUGCCGCUUCGAGUGACGUGGGACAACGGAAGCGUUAAUAUUCCAGCCCGAUGCUUGAUUCUGGAUCGUUCGAACGUUUCUCGGAGCAAAGGAAAGGCCUCGAUCGAAGGGGAUUGCGGUGUUUUCGUUUCGCGUAGAACUUGGUGCUGUUCUGUGUCGCGAUUAAUUCAUCGAACGGAGAUAGAAGACGAGAUCGGUUACGCGUCCUCCGAGUAAUCGAUACGAUGGAAACGUUCAUGAUAAUAGGCAUAUGUUUCCUGUGCUACGAGGUCUGCGAGCUGAUCAGACACUACGCCACGCCGCAAACGACCGAGCCGCGUCGUCCGCAAGUGAAAUCCGCAGCACCAGCCUCGCAGCGUGUCUUCUCGAUCUCUCACAGGAUGCAAAAUCGUCAGGCAUGUUGCCCGCAGUAAACCACCUCGAGAAAUGAUCUGGCUUCCGUUCGUCUGCCAGCUGAACAAUAGCUGAGCCCGCACGAGAGAAGCUGAAUGAAUAAACGAGUUGAACGAACGACGAUCGAUUUCGUUUCACGUUGAAUGAAAGUUGAGAAAGAUAACCGAUCGGAUCUGCUGUCUACGCGAUCCAAAGCGAUCGCGGCAACUUAAUAAAGCGGUGUCCUGCGUCCAUCACCGUUCAUUCGGACAGCACCACGGUGAUCUUCGAUAACAAGGCUACUCGGAAGAAAUACGAAGCGGAAUUCGCGUCGCCUUGACAAAUGUACCGGACAUGAUAGAGCGUGGUCUCGCGUCCGAUCGAUAGGGAGACGACGUAAACGUGGCGAUAUCUCCUGCUCGCCGGCACUUGCCGCGAUCGAUGGGAUUCCGAUCGAUGUAGCUGAACCCGCAUCCCUGAAAGUUUCCCCGCAAAUAUCGACGAACAUCCGGCAAACAGCUUUCCGCAACAGAGAGACGUUUCUGUUUUUCUCGUUAAAAUGUGUACCCGAGCUGAAUCGAACGGAAUCGUACAAGUUCGAAGCGUGUUGUGUCCUCGCGAGUGUCUUCGGAACUAACACGGAUCGGAAUAUUUUCCCUGGAAAUUAUUCGUGCAUCGUUGCACCGCGUUGAAAAGUCUCUCGUUUAACCUGCUCCGAAGGAACGCGCACCCAUGUCAGUUUUCUCUAUCUCUAUAUCCCUCUGCUUGCUGAAAACGUUUCUGCUCGCAACGGAGAACAGCUGCCUGAAAGAGUCGGACAGAUUGGAUGAAAAUGCAGGGUGCAUCGAUGAUCCAUGAAACUGGCUGGGAUUUGAAUUCGAGUGGGAUUCGAAAGACGCGUGCACCGGGAAACAUUGAAUCGAAAGGAUUUUUCCUCUACGCGUAGCGUGGUUAUGGUAUUCAUCGAAACGAUGCCUUGGUCGUUCGAUUUAGCGUAUCUUGUCGAUUUCCUCUGCAGCCUCGAGAAGUGAGAGAAUAGUUGUAUCGAUGUUUCUUGCCUGUUCUCUUGAUCGACACUGAGGAGAAGGAGAGGGACUGGAAGGGCCGUCGAGAGAGAUUCUCGCAUUCGAGUGGCCAUUAUCCACGGCUACGGAUCAGUCGAGGAAGAUACAGGGAUACAGGAUACAGGAUUAUUGAGAUCGAAUAGAGAUGGACUCGUUGGAACGUCUGAUGAGCGCUGGAUCGCACCCGCCAGCCUUGACGGCAGCCACGCGAUCACAGAAUGCUUUCGUUCAAGCAAAUCUUUGCUCCGUGAUCGGCAGAAAGGGUCGCCAUUUGACUGGCACCUUCUGUUUGACGGGAGAUACCAUGGAGGGGAUAAUACAGUGUCUGGUGUUUCUGAAAGCGUUUUCGCUGGUGGGCGGUGAAUUUGACAUGGAACUGAACUUCGUGAUUCAGGACGCGCAGAACAUCAGGCACAUGCUGGAACUCCUCGAUCAUUGCCCGGCCAAUCUCCAGGCCGAAAUAUGGAGCGUCUUCAUCGCUAUUUUGAGGAAAAGCGUGCGGAAUUUACAAGCGUGUACAGACGUAAGCCUCAUAGAACACGUGUUACAUCGUUUGUCCCGUGCCGAAACCGUUGUUGCAGAUCUGCUGAUCGAUAUGCUCGGAGUGUUGGCCAGUUACAGUAUAACGGUGAAAGAGUUGAAACUUUUGUUCGGUGCUAUGAAAGCUGUAAAAGGAAAAUGGCCACGACACUCGGCGAAACUGUUAAACGUUCUUCGUCAAAUGCCCCAACGAAACGGACCCGACGUGUUUUUCAGUUUUCCUGGUAGAAAAGGAUCGGCUGUCGUCCUACCACCGCUUGCGAAGUGGCCACACGAGAAUGGAUUCACGUUUACCACGUGGUUCCGUUUGGACCCCAUCAACUCCGUUAAUAUCGAACGAGAAAAGCCGUACCUCUACUGUUUUAAAACUAGCAAGGGAGUAGGAUAUUCCGCACACUUUGUAGGGAAUUGCUUGGUCCUCACCUCUAUGAAAGUAAAGGGCAAGGGCUUCCAGCAUUGUGUCAAAUACGAAUUUCAACCACGAAAGUGGUACAUGAUCGCCGUAGUGUACAUAUAUAAUAGGUGGACGAAAAGUGAAAUUAAAUGUUUGGUUAAUGGUCAAUUGGCGUCGAGCACAGAAAUGGCGUGGUUCGUUUCGACAAACGAUCCAUUUGACAAAUGUUACAUCGGAGCUACUCCGGAAGUGGAUGAGGAGCGCGUGUUUUGCGGACAAAUGAGCGCCAUAUAUCUGUUCAGCGAAGCACUGACAACGCAUCAAAUUUGCGCUAUGCAUAGAUUGGGGCCUGGAUAUAAGAGUCAGUUUCGUUUUGACAACGAGUGUUACCUGAAUCUGCCUGACAAUCACAAAAGGGUGAGUGAUGAGCCGGAGCUCGCGAGCAUGGUGGACCAAAGUAUGCAAACUGUGCUUUACGACGGUAAGCUGUCGAACGCGAUUGUGUUCAUGUACAACCCGGUGGCAACGGAUUCGCAACUUUGUUUGCAAAGCGCACCGAAAGGCAACGUUUCCUACUUUGUACAUACACCACAUGCCCUUAUGCUGCAGGAUGUUAAAGCUGUUAUCACCCAUUCCAUUCACAGCACAUUGAACUCUAUCGGUGGCAUUCAAGUGCUGUUCCCUUUGUUCUCGCAACUAGAUAUGCCAUACGAUUGCAUAGCGCCGAACGACGUUAAGCGAGAUCCUACCUUAUGUUCGAAACUGUUGGGGUUUAUCUGCGAUCUGGUGGAAAGUUCGCAAACCGUACAGCAACAUAUGGUGCAAAACAGGGGAUUUUUGGUAAUAAGCUACAUGCUCCAGAGAGCGAGUAGAGACCACCUUACCACGGAAGUUCUCGCAUCUUUCUUGGAACUCACCAAACACUUGGUCACCUGUCUGAGCGCCAACAGCGAUUUGUUAUUGAAACAGUUGUUUUACUUUUCAUUCCUAACAUGGCAGCUAUUGGAUCACGUGCUUUUUAAUCCUGCUCUGUGGAUAUAUACGCCGGCCCCGGUGCAAACCCGACUAUAUUCGUACUUGGCCACAGAGUUCCUCAGUGACACGCAAAUAUAUUCUAACGUAAGAAGAGUCUCCACAGUAUUACAAACGGUACACACGCUUAAAUACUACUAUUGGGUUGCCAAUCCACGAGCCAAGAGUGGUAUCACUCCAAAAGGACUCGACGGACCACGACCACAGCAGAAGGAUAUCUUGACAAUACGUUCUUAUAUUUUGUUAUUUCUGAAACAACUGAUCAUGAUCGGGAACGGAGUGAAGGAUGACGAGUUGCAGAGUAUUCUUAAUUACCUGACGACGAUACACGAGGAUGAAAAUUUGCACGACGUUCUGCAAAUGCUUAUAUCGUUAAUGUCUGAACACCCAUCGUCGAUGGUGCCUGCUUUCGACGCGAAACAAGGCGUCAGAACAAUCUUUAAAUUGCUUGCUGCAGAAAGUCAAUUGAUACGUCUACAGGCAUUGAAGUUGUUGGGAUUCUUCUUGAGCCGUAGCACGCACAAACGAAAAUACGACGUCAUGAGUCCUCAUAAUCUGUACACGUUACUUGCCGAAAGGUUGUUGCUGAACGAAGAGACACUGUCGUUACCGACGUACAACGUUUUAUACGAGAUCAUGACGGAACACAUUAGUCAACAGAUCCUCUACGUCAGACACCCCGAGCCAGAAUCUCAUUAUCGUCUGGAAAAUCCAAUGAUACUUAAAGUAGUAGCGACGCUGAUUCGACAAUCAAAGCAAACGGAACAACUGUUGGAGGUGAAGAAGUUGUUCCUCUCGGACAUGACACUAUUAUGCAACAACAAUCGCGAAAAUCGACGAACCGUUCUACAGAUGUCUGUGUGGCAAGAGUGGCUGAUCGCAAUGGCCUACAUUCAUCCAAAGAACACGGAGGAACAGAAGAUUUCGGACAUGGUGUACUCGUUGUUUCGAAUGCUUCUGCAUCACGCUAUUAAACACGAGUACGGUGGGUGGCGCGUGUGGGUGGACACUUUGGCAAUCGUCCAUUCCAAGGUAUCCUACGAAGAAUUCAAGCUCCAGUUCGCCCAGAUGUAUGAGCAUUACGAGAGACAACGAUCAGAUAACAUCACGGAUCCCGAGUUAAGACAACAGAGGCCGAUCAGUACUAUCUCUGGUUGGGAUCAGCAGCAUUCGGGGAAUAAUGGGUAUAACAAACCAUCGCCGUGGGGCAAUCAACAGAACCACGACGCACAACACGUAGAGAGGAACUACAAGGAAUUCGAGGCAUCCGAGGGAAACGAUCGACUGGAAGAAUCGUGCAGCUGUGACUUGAACUCGAUAGACAACACCGAGAGCGACGGUAGUCCAGCGAUCGCGAAAUCGAACAGCGAAACGCUGGACACCCCGCAAUCGAGCGAAGCGAUAUCCCUGGACUCCAGACUGAGCGACAAACCGGAAACACCGACCACUGCGCGCGAAGUUCACACGGACACACCAACGAUCCUCGAAGAAGCUAACAGCGAAGCAGCUUCCGUGCCGACUACGCAGGAGACCAGCGAAGCGAUAUCGAUCGAGAGUUCCAGCGAUUUCUACAGCGAGGUGCAGAAAAUCGAUAGUUCCAGCCCGGACUCGAUGACGGUACAGGAGGUGUUGAAGAAGGACGAGGAGCCAUCAGAACAGAAAGAGGAAGACACCGUGUCUGAAUCGGCUUCUGCUAAGCAGACGGAAGAAAAUGUACAGGCUGAACAGGAAGAUGCUGUGCCAGAGGAGAAAUCAACGCCUAAAGAGAACGCAAACGCGGCUGAUAACACUUCUGACACUGCACAAGCAAAGGAAGACACCGAAGCUUCUUCUACCGAAACGAAGGACGAAGAGACGAGCAAAGAAAAGUCUGAAGCAGCAGACGACGUUCCUCUCAAUGACGACGUUCCCUCUAAUACGGAAGUAGACUCUGAGAAAACUGCAGCAGCUGAUGAAAGCUCAACAGACGUUGUCGCUUCAACGGAAUCGGUUGAUUCGGAGAAUAUACCGAGCGCAUCCCCUGGCGAAAUACCGGAACCGUUGAUCAUCAAAGAUAUCGAGAAACUGCAAUUGGAGAACGAUCGGGAAAUAAUCGACAGCGACACCUCAGAAGCGUACUUAACACCAACGGAGAACCAAGACAACUUGAGCGAAAUGAAGUCCAAGGUAUUGGAAACGGAGAAGAUCGAAGACAAUAUGGUUGAAGAUGCCGAAGACGCAAAGAGUACGACAGUGAAGGAUGAGAAUAAGGAAAAUGAUAGCGAUGAAACCGUAAAGAAUCCCAAUUGCUCAACUAGCGUAAUAGAAAAUACGGAAACAUGUGAGGAGAAGGUAGAUGUAGAAGAGAAGAAAGUGGAAUCAGUAGUAGCGAGUAGUGAGUUAAGUAGUGAGAAAUGCGCGGUGGACUCUGUGACAGAGGACGAAAGUGCUGUUAUUAAUGAUAACGAUGAGAAGGUAAUUGAGAAACAUUCAAGGGAGCCGUCCACUAUUUCUACUAACGUAAGUGAUAAUCAGUCAGACAUUCCGGUGAGAACUGAGACCGAGGUAGAGGUAACAGAUAGUGUUUGUAGUAAUAGCGAUGUUCAAAGUUCUGUAGAUAAUGUGACGCAAGUGCCAAAUCCUAAACAGCAAAUUCCAACAAUAUCUACGGUCUGUGAUGCUAAUACAAAUAUGCCCGACGGUGUGCCUCAAAUCGUUAGUUCUACAGUGGUUACCAGGGAUAAUUCGUUGUUGAAUGACUUGACUCCAGAUCACGUAGAUACCCAUCGCAGAUCCAGUUUACCGGCUGUACCUACCGAGACAGCCAACGAAGAUAAUGUUAACAGUAACAAUAACGAACCUCCUUCUUUACCUGUACCCUUGCGAAAAACAUCGUCACCCCAGAAACGACCAAGGAGUGCCUCAACUUCCACGCAAGUGGAUCCCAAUCAUUUCGAAACAAAACGAUCAAAACAAGGUAAUCCUUCUACGAGACCAAUGUUUAGUCCAGGACCGACUCGACCUCCUUUCAGAAUACCAGAAUUCAAAUGGUCUUACAUACAUCAGAGAUUACUCUCGGAUGUUCUUUUCUCGUUAGAAACGGAUAUUCAAGUCUGGAGAAGCCAUUCAACGAAAUCAGUGUUGGACUUUGUAAACAGCAGUGAAAACGCGAUUUUUGUUGUUAAUACCGUUCAUCUAAUUUCCCAACUGGCUGACAAUCUUAUAAUUGCCUGCGGAGGAUUAUUACCGCUUCUAGCAUCGGCUACCUCGCCGAAUAGCGAAUUGGAUGUAAUUGAACCAACUCAGGGGAUGCCAAUUGAAGUAGCAGUUUCUUUUCUGCAAAGACUAGUCAACAUGGCUGAUGUACUUAUCUUCGCCAGCUCUUUAAAUUUCGGUGAACUGGAGGCUGAGAAGAAUAUGUCUAGUGGCGGUAUUCUAAGGCAGUGUUUACGACUGGUCUGUACAUGUGCCGUUAGAAACUGCUUAGAGUGUAAAGAACGUGGCAGACCGUACAGCAUGUUAGGUCGGCAGAUUGGUACUAGUAAUAAAUCACAGCACAUACAGUCUCUCAUACGAGGAGCUCAAACAUCACCCAAGAACAUAGUGGAUAAUCUGGCUCAUCAAUUAAGUCCUGUAAAAGACCCCGAAAAAUUGCUGCAAGAUAUGGAUGUGAAUCGUUUAAGAGCUGUGAUAUACAGAGAUGUUGAAGAAACCAAGCAGGCCCAGUUUCUGUCCCUCGCUAUAGUUUACUUCAUCUCUGUACUAAUGGUAUCAAAAUAUCGUGAUAUUCUGGAACCACCGAUAUCACAACGUCCACCAAGUCCAGUUCAAACAGUACAAACUAACGGUGCUGGUCUAAGACCAGGUAGCCCCUCAGCAGAUGGGAAUGGUGGUGGAGGAGGGCGGCCCCUGUUUCCACAGUGGUCACACCACGUGUACCCACAGUUCCUCCCGGGAUCUCACCCUAACGCCAAUGCGAAUGCCAAUGCCAAUGCCAACCACCAUAUGAACCAGCACCACCACCAGCACCCGCUACCGGCUGCCAGGCACUCUAAUCGCCAGCCCCCCUCCAACUAUUAUCUCCCGAAUCACCACAGUAAUCAUUACAACCAUCAUCCGAAUAACCAUAACUAUCAUCGUCAUCAUCAUUACCAUCAUCACAAUAACAACAAUCACCAUCAUACGCUUCAAAAGCAUAUCGAUCAGCCCCGAAAUCUCUGUCAUAGAAACUCCGGUGUUGGUCUGCAAGGAAGCGGAGGUAUUAUGAGCCAGGCUGGUUCUCAGGACGACGGUGAAUAUGAAGUUAUAAUCGUCGACGAGAAUAAUUCAUCGAUCCUGGCAGAUCACGACGUCACAUCCUCCGGUCCUCCUUCGACAAAGGGAGGUCACAGUGGUGUACCUCGGCCACGGACAAUUCUCGAGGAUUACACCUCGUCAGAACCAACGCUUGGCUCUUCGACAAGAACCGAACCACUGCCACGAAAUAUCCAGAGCAACGACUCCAGUGAAGAUACGGUGCAUAGAAGCAAUAUUACUGCUGAUCCCAGCCCAUCAGAGGUUACAACUGAUAAUGAGAAUAAACAUAACUCUUCUGAGGAAGCUUGGACCGAUGUGAACCUCAACGAAGAUGGAGACACGAUUCCGAUGACGAAUCAAAGGGAAGAUCCACGAAAUAUUCACAAUAUGACUCAUUCUCGUGGUGACAUGCAAGACAACGAAGGUAACGUUCUGGAGCAAGAGAUGCUUGGUAACGCCGAACGUGGUGAGAAACCAUCCGCAGAAAUCUCUGUAGUUCGCGUUCCGGAUAGGCUGGUGAUGACUUCCGCGUCACCGAGACCCGAUGAUUUACCGAUCAAAGGUUUGGUCGAUCAUUUGCCGGUUCCUACGCCAUCGCGCGAAGCAUGCCUUACACAGAAGCUAGAAAUGGCUCUCGGCUCUGUGUGCCCGCUUUUGAGAGAAAUCAUGGUAGAUUUCGCUCCGUUCCUGUCGAAAACCCUGGUCGGCUCUCAUGGACAGGAAUUGUUAAUGGAGGGAAAAGGUAGGGGUCGUCUGACCACCUUCAAAAACAGCAACUCCGUGGUGGAAUUAGUGAUGCUUCUCUGUUCCCAAGAAUGGCAGAACUCGUUGCAGAAACACGCGGGCCUCGCUUUCAUCGAGCUCAUUAACGAGGGAAGAUUACUGUCACACGCGAUGAAGGAUCAUAUAGUGAGAGUGGCCAACGAGGCCGAGUUCAUCCUGAAUCGCAUGCGAGCCGACGAUGUAUUGAAACACGCUGACUUCGAGUCGCAGUGCGCUCAGACGUUGCUCGACCGACGGGAAGAGGAACGAAUGUGCGAUCAUUUGAUCACCGCAGCUCGAAGACGGGACAAUGUAAUCGCGAGCAGAUUACUGGAGAAAGUCCGAAAUAUCCUGUCCAACAAACAUGGCGCUUGGGGUUACAUGGAUCCAAUGGCUGCAAAGUUGGCCGAAUACUGGAAGCUAGAUGCUUGGGAGGAUGAUGCACGUAGACGUAAGCGUUUCGUGCACAAUCCACUAGGCUCGAGCCAUCCCGAAGCUACACUGAAGGCGGCACUCGAACAUGGUGCACCCGAGGAUGCGAUACUGCAAGCGCGUGAAGAGUUUCACGCGCAUCUCGCAGCCUCGCGUGCACAUCAGCAGCAAUUGCAGUCGGCGGAUCUGAUGGACGACAGCGAACUGUUGUCGGACGACAGAGACCUCGACAGCGACCUGACAGGCCCGGUGAACAUCACCACGAAAGGGAAAUUGAUCGCUCCUGGUAUCGUGGCUCCUGGUAUUAUCUCCGUCACGUCCACGGAACUGUACUUCGAGGUAGACGAGGAUGACCCGGAGUUCAAGAAGAUCGACAGUGAGGUGCUGAAAUACUGCGACCAUCUGCACGGAAAAUGGUACUUCUCGGAGGUGCGAGCGAUAUUCUCGCGACGGUAUUUGCUCCAGAACGUCGCCAUCGAGAUCUUCCUGGCCAGCAGAACCUCGAUCCUGUUCGCGUUCCCGGACCAGGCGACGGUGAAAAAGGUGAUCAAGGCGCUACCGCGGGUCGGCGUUGGCAUCAAAUACGGGAUCCAGCAGACUAGGAGAGCGUCGAUGAUGUCGCCUCGUCAAUUAAUGAGAAGCUCGAACAUGACGCAAAAAUGGCAGCGAAGAGAAAUAUCCAACUUUGAGUAUCUUAUGUUCUUAAACACAAUCGCUGGUCGAACGUAUAAUGACUUGAACCAAUAUCCGGUUUUCCCUUGGGUGUUGACAAACUACGAGACGAAGGAGCUGGAUCUCAGUUUACCCAGUAAUUAUCGUGACUUAUCAAAGCCUAUUGGAGCGUUGAAUCCAAGCAGAAGGGCUUACUUCGAGGAACGUUUUCAAAGUUGGGAACACGACAGUAUACCACCUUUCCAUUAUGGCACCCAUUACUCCACGGCUGCUUUUGUUUUGAAUUGGAUGAUACGUGUGGAACCCAUGACAACGAUGUUCCUGGCGCUUCAAGGUGGCAAGUUCGAUCACCCUAAUCGUUUAUUCUCCUCGAUCGCGUUAUCCUGGAAGAAUUGUCAACGGGACACAUCCGACGUUAAGGAGCUUAUUCCGGAGUUCUUCUUCCUACCGGAAAUGUUGGUGAACAGCAAUCGGUAUCGCUUGGGUAGACAAGAGGAUGGCAGCUCGGUGGGCGAUGUUGAAUUACCACCUUGGGCGUCAUCGCCGGAAGAAUUUAUACGAAUCAAUCGAAUGGCACUCGAAUCGGAGUUCGUGUCUUGUCAAUUACACCAGUGGAUCGAUCUGAUAUUCGGUUACAAACAGAAAGGUCCAGAGGCUGUUCGAGCAACAAACGUUUUCUAUUAUCUAACGUACGAAGGUAGCGUAGAUCUGGACACCAUAACAGAUCCAUUGAUGAGAGAAGCCAUCGAGAAUCAAAUACGAAACUUUGGCCAAACACCAUCGCAACUUCUGAUGGAGCCUCACCCUCCGAGGAGUUCUGCGAUGCAUUUGAGUACCGCGAAGUUUGACAAGACGUUGCCGCCCGUGUUGCAGUCGCCGAUGAUGUUCUCGAGUAUCCCGGACGACGUGUGCAUGACCAUCAAAUUCCCAUCGAAUUCGCCGAUUUGUCACAUUUCGGCCAACACUUAUCCCCAAUUACCUUUGCCGUCCGUCGUUACGGUCACCACCGGCCAGCAAUUCGCUGUCAACAGAUGGAACACUAAUUACGCUGCUUCCGUACAAUCACCUAGCUACGCGGAUACUCCUCAAGCUCAGGCUGCGAAUCAACCGAUGUCCAUGGAUCCUGUUCUCUCGCAAGCAGCGAAUAGCUCCAAUCCAGCGCUGAGAAGACAUUUGGGAGACAAUUUCAGUCAGAAAUUGACGAUUCGAAGCAAUUGCUUCGUUACCACGGUAGACAGCAGAUUUUUAGUCGCUUGCGGAUUUUGGGACAACAGUUUCCGUGUGUUCUCCACUGAAACUGCGAAAAUUGUGCAGAUAGUGUUUGGCCAUUACGGGGUCGUCACCUGUUUGUCACGCAGCGAGUGCAACAUCACUUCCGAUUGUUACAUAGCAUCCGGAAGUGCCGAUUGCACCGUCUUAUUGUGGCAUUGGAACGCAAGAACUCAGACGAUCGUCGGAGAGGGUGAAGCUCCAGCACCAAGAGCAACCCUCACAGGACACGAACAACCGGUUACGGCUGUAGUUAUAUCCGCCGAGUUGGGCCUGGUUGUUUCCGGUUCUUACUAUGGACCAGUUCUCGUACACACGACUUUCGGAGAUCUUCUGAGGUCGCUGGAAGCACCGAAUGGAUUUUCAUCCCCUGAAAAUAUCGCGAUGUCACGGGAGGGUGUCAUUGUGGUGAACUAUGAACGUGGUCACAUAGCUGCGUUCACCAUCAAUGGGAAACGUCUUCGUCACGAGUCCCAUAAUGAUAAUCUUCAGUGUCUACUUUUAAGCAGAGACGGCGAGUACUUAAUGACAGGUGGUGACAAACGAAUCGUGGAAGUUUGGAGGACGUUCAACCUGGCUCUUCUCUAUGCAUUUCCAGCAUGCGAAAGUAGUGUCCGUUCUCUGGCACUUUCUCACGAUCAAAAGUUUCUACUUGCUGGUCUAGCGAACGGAUCGAUCGUGAUAUUCCACAUCGACUUCAACCGGUGGCACCACGAAUUCCAGCAACGCUACUGAGAAUGUUUUGCGUACGUCUAGCAAAAUCGAACGGGAUACAAGCAUAACCCGGCUGUUGUUUGACUAUUUUGCACAAUACCAACAGAUUUUUCUUAACGAUGGACUCGUUGCAGUGACGACAGCUAUGCAACAGCCAUUUUCACUAUAAUCCUACGUGUACUUACUCUAUUCAAUGAAAUCGAAGAAACGCAUUGUGCAAUGAGAUUGAACAAUUUACUGAUAGGAGCAACGAGCAACGACGCUUUCGUAAACGUUUAUUACAAUCAAGUAGUGGGCGCGGAACAGUAGUCGGCGAGCAGCAGGUAAUAUUUAGCGUUCUAGCAAUAAACAAAGAGAAAUUCGCUUUUCCCGCGACGAGAUAAACAUUCGAUAUAAGCAGUGCUUCCGUGAAUCGACGAGCAGGCGUGCAGAAUCUUGUGCCGGUCAAGCGUUAUUCCGCGAUCUCGAACGAGGAGUCGGGAAUCGUACAUUGAUGGACGUUUAUCUCGUGUCCUCGAACUGUCGAGCGUGCAAGGAACGCGAUGGAAGAGAGAGGUUCGCGAAAGAAAAUGAAGUAGACGUGUCUUUCUGGAAUCGCUAGUCAAUUACGAACCCACACGAAUCUAUCUGUACGCUUGCGAACACUCGAAGGUCGAUUCUCGACCAUGUCCUUCGAGGAUAACGCGAAGAGAUCCUCGGACAGCACGCUGGCGACCGAGGGAAUCGCAAACACGCCGAGGUCGCGUUGUUUUUCCGCCUCGAAGUACGCUCGGGUACGAUCGGAUUCCUACCCGCGAUGCCAAUAACGUCCCGUGUAAAUACGAUUAUCUCUAUAAAUAUGCAUAUACGAUAUAAAUACGUACAUAUUAUAUUCCGUACUAGGAUGACGAGCGAAUGAGCAAAAGACGAGGCAUAGAUACGUGUACUCGUUUCAAAGUAUUCCAUUGCCUGUGUCGCGAUUGCUGCUCGUGAUACGAUACACUUCUUCGGCUAAGCACUUAGUUCAGUUUAACGAGACACGUAAGAAUGUAGAGACACACCUACGUGUAGCGAUCGAACCGAUACCGAUACAUAUCGAUACUGGAGUAACUCGAAAUUUUAGAUACUUAGUUUCGAUUUUCAAUACGAAUUCUUCUUGAAGAGAUACUAAAUCAAUACAAGUACUUCGUCGGAUCGAUACCUGUUGGAUACUUCAUGAAAUUCUCGAUGCUUCAUAUCCAUCUGGAUAUUACAAUUUGAUGUUUAACCCUUGAAGGAAUUUUUAUAUUUUCGAGUUUAGACUUUUAUAUAUCUAUUAAAGUGUUAAUUCUAAAUAAAAAAGAACUGCCAUACUUUUGAAAAAAUGCUAAUAAAUUCAGAAGAGAAAAAUAUUUUUAUUUUUAUUCUAACUUCAAGUUUUUAAUUAGGGGACCAAAAAACCCUUGUAUAGAAAUACUUUCGUUGAAGUAUCAAACGAGUAUCGAUCCUCUUCGAUAAGGUAUCGACAUUAUUGAUUCGGUAUCGUUUCGAUCACGAUACGUUAAAGAAAUACACAAACAAGAUUCCGUCACAUGUACACGCAAUGGUUCUCGAGUAUACACAUUUGCACAAGAAGGCACUUUCGCAAGGGACGAUCGAUGCUUUUUCUUUCGCAAUGCCGCGUACGCUGAAUCGCCCUUAACACUUACACACACCAUCACCAAUCACCAUCGAUCAGCCCGCAAGAACACUUCCUAUACCCUUAAAUGUUCACGUCCUUCGAAAGAGAUCCUAAUUUUUAUCAAAGCCGUCCAGCUUAACUUUGCGAGGAUAUUUCUUGGUAUUUUCGCACGCGAGUUAUAAUUAAUCAGCAAGAGAAUGUUAUAAAUAGGCUUAUAACAAGCGAGGAAUCACAUGGAUCCCGAAUUCAUUCUCGAGGUUGUUCGUGUGUGAACGUGUCGCCCGUAUGACGAUUCGAAUGGAACAGAAGGUUCAUUUUCACGAAAAGUAGCGAUGGAACAGUGAAAAAGAAAAGAAAACGACGCGAAGAUCGAACGAAUCAUGCGAUUUAUUGAAACAAAAAAUUGGAGAGGAAUGUAGAAAUGAAAGUUAGACAGAUCGUCUACUCGUCGUUUCGAAUGUAAAAAAAGAAUCCUAGUCACUCUUUCGAACAAUGUCGGCGUUCAUCAACGAGUAUUACAUAGAAAGCGUGAAUAGUAACGUGAAAGGUUCUUAUCGCGUGCAUAGCUUCGAUUGUUUGCACCUGCGAUUCGGUCGACGUAGCACCGUACACGGUUCGCUUCUAAAUGUAGGCCAGCGAGUUUCUUCUUUUCUUAGUCGUUCUAGAUCUCGAUACGUUUCCUUUCGUUGACGAUCGAUGACGUGACUUCGAGUCAGAGGAUCUUCGUACGAAAAAAUGAUAAGAGAAAAAGAAAAGACAAGCGUGGAGCAGGAGAGGAGGACAAAGAGGAGCGAGGGCGCGAAAAGAGAACGGUGUGAGAGGAACAAGGGAUUAAAUGAGAAUAAUUCGGUGCGAGAGUGUUACGGUCUCGUCGGUGAUCCUCGCGACGCGUUUUCUUUAUGCUGCGCGCGUUCGUGCGCGAUUUCGCGGAUCAUACGAUUCGAUGCGGCUACAAGUACUUAAAGAAACAGGGAUCCGUUGACGCGGAGAUGAAAUCGAACGAGAGGAAAAAUUGUCCCAAAUACGCGAACGUCUCAGGAUAUGUAUCUAGUCAGGACUUGCGCGCGUUUUGGAUGCGUCGCGGAUUACCGGCGGUCCCGGAUUCCUUUAGAUAUCGAUAAUACACUUUAAAUAAAUCAUAUACAGUACUGUCGUACGUGGUAGAUGUAAAAAGAUGUAAGUGCAUGGUGCAUUCGUCGUUCAAUAGCGAUCAAUCACUCUUGAGCUUGCUAAGUACCACGAUGUAACGUGUAAUACGGUUAUUAAACAAACAAAAAAAACAAAUAUGCAUUUAGCCUCGGUACUUAUUAUUGUGCACCUGACACGCCGUCGAGGCGUGUCGAUCGCUCGUUAAUCGUACAAUUUAUACACGCAUAGGACAAUGUUACGUGUGCAACAAUCGUGUUAAUUACAAUGGUAUUAUCGCUGCUAUACGUUAUGGGCGUGCUUAUGCAUGAUUGUUCGUAUCGUUUCGUUCGCGUGUCGAGAGAAAGAAAAAUUGAGACAACGACGAGAGCGUGCAUGAUUGAAACAAGGAGAAAAAAAAGAAGAAAAUGACAAAAAAAAAUAAGUUACGAGGAUGAGAUAUUGGAGCGUGAACAUGUUGUGUAAUGUGUGCGUGAGAAAGGGUUAUCGUGCCUGGUGCUUCGGAUAAUAUUAAUUUCACACAUUGUACUUAAGUGUACAGACGCAUACUAUCGACACCUUAUUUUCGCUACGAUGAAAGUAAAUGAAAGAGCAAAAGGAACGAUGCAAUGAGUUAAGGCAUGCACAACAUUCCAUAUGCAUUUCCUGCUUUACGACGAUUCGUGUUCGCGCGCCUCGUUUGAAUUCGAACGGUUUGCCGCGCCGCGACUGGCGCGGCGGGAAAUUCGAAUCGGUCGCGAUUCGACGGGGCGCGCAAAGCAGCGUAAUUCGUGAGAAUGUGUAGCGUGGAGAACGAAAGAAACAAAUGAGAUGCGAGAUAAAAAGAGGAAAAAAGAGAAAACGAAAGAGAAAAGCAGAAAGAUUUUAAACAGAGGAGUUUUUAUAUUUGUUUAUAGGUGUGUGAGAAUGCUGCACUUUUCGAGCAAGUUGUUAGUAAAUUCCCUCCAUAUUGCUAUAUACAUAUAUAUAUAUGAAGAAAAGUAUAUAUAUAUAUAAAAAGGAAGUUAAAAGGAAUCAAUUCUCUGUCCGUAAUCGAACUUCGGUAUAUACAUAAGAGUAACGCUACUAUUUUAAAUAACGCUAAGUACAACGCUACAACAAAGGUUUGCCUAUAAUAUUAUUAUAUGAUUAUAACUACAAUUUAUUCUCAUGAUUAUUAAUAUUGAUCAUUAUUAAUUAUUAUUAACAUUGAUUACCAAGUAUAUUUGAUCAGUACUCUGAUCACAUGUUUGUGGUUGCAUUUCACUUGUACUUAAAUGAUUAUUAAUAAUCGAAACGAAUCACACAAAGCAAAGAUUUGUACAAUUCGUGUAUCAUCGGAUCGACCACGUGUUUUUGCGUUAUUCGUGUUGAACGCAGGAAAACGUGCGAGAUGAUCGCGAGUAUUUCGUGUAAAGAGACGAGAAAAUGAAAAAGUAACAAAAAAACGAAGGGAGAAAAAAAAGAUGAAAAACCCGAAGAUUAAUGGAUUCGUUUAGAUACGAAGCUGCCCGUAGAAGUACUUAACAAGUGUAGAUUAAUCGAACGUUCUACGUUUCUAAGCGUAAUCACGGGCGGAUGAGAGGGAAAGAAAUAAAAAAAAAGCGCAUAAACGUCGCGGAAUAACAUUUACUCGAACGCUUAGUCGUUUAGAAUCGUAAACCUGUUCAGUAUUUAGCAGCGUCGAGAAAGAAGGUAAUCGCGACGAUGAUUUUGAUGCAAAACGAAUUCUUCGAUCGUCGAGAAACAAAUCAUCGCCGCGUGUUUCUUUCCCUCGCGAAGCAAUUUUUCCAAUCAAUCGAUAAGAAGUCAAUAUAUAUACAGAGAUUGUAGAGAAAACAGAAGAAACAAAGAAAAAAAAAAGAUGUUGAGAAAAGAAGUUGAAGAGAAGCAGGAUAAGAAAAAAAAAGAAACACAAGUGAAUAAUAAAAUCAUUGUAGCGAAAUCGUAGAGCUGCGUUCGUUAACACCGAGGAUCCAUCGAGUUCAUCUGCGUCAAAGUAGCGUUUUAUAAUCGUGAGUCCGUUUCUUAUGCGUAAUAAGCGAUACGAUUUAAAAAAAAAAAAAUUAAAAAAAAUAAAAUAUAUAUUGUACAGCAUUUGUAAUGCUAUAUAAACACGAGCCAUCCGCUCUGGAUUAAGCUUAAGCCUCAUCCGGUUAACACAAAGACUUAUUAAUUAGUCGCUGCAGUUACAUUUCUUCAAAGACUGAACAUCGUUCCGCGAAAUAUUGUUUUCUACAUCACACACAAAUCGCCACGUUGUCAUUGUUGUUAAUCGUAAUUUCGAGUCAGGUAUUCUAGAAAACGUGAAUUCAAAUUGCUGUGAAUUUUCAAUUAGUAAAAAGGACAGACGUGAAAAGGAAAGGCAGAGAUAAAAAGGAAAGAGGAUAAUAUAGGAAUAGUGAAAAAUAUGAAUCGAAGAGGAAACGAGGAAGAUAAAUAUGGCCUAAUUCUUUUUUCACAAUCUGCGACACAAGGUAGAGUUAGAAAAGAGCACCAGAACGAUAGAUGGUACGAUGUUCGAUCGACGAACAAAUGGCUGCAAUUAAUUACCCUUGUCAAAAAAAGAACCUCGAUGCUUGUCUAAUAUUAAUUUCUGAGGAAAGCCAAAAUUGGUUACCGGUGACGAUCAAGCCUCGUCGACGACACGGACGACGCAGGUUGUUUAAUUCCCGGCACUUUUAAAAGGAUACUAUUUAAGUAGAGGUAUUUAAGUCGUUGCUACAUAACAGUAUAAGCUCUAUUGCUUAUUUUAUACUUAGUAUUAUCGUAACGUUUCGAUUAGAGUUAACAUAAUGGGAAAGCUGUAUCUUAGCAUUAAGGUAGAUUUAAUCUGUAAAGAUAAGUAGUCAAAUAAAUGAAAAGUACAUUUGA